CGCAUAGAUCCACGGUCGGUGUCGGUCUCUGUCGACCCAGCAGCAGCAGCUCCCAAGCAAGGCAUUGAAGCGAGAUGGUCCGCGGCAAUUCAGACUGACUAGGCCGACCAGCGUUCUAGGUACAUAUCCGACUUGCUGCGGCUUCCGAUCACUCUCGAGACCUCUUCCGACAGCUUUGGCACGUUACACCGGGCGCGCUCUUCUCGAUGACGAGACCAAAGGUCCCGCCCGACCAACGCCAGAGGACCCAGCAGGCGUGCAAUUCAUGCAAAAGACGCAAGCAGAAAUGUAAUGGUCUAAAUCCCUGCAACACAUGUGAGAAGCGUAACUUUGAGUGCGUCUAUGAUGAUCGGGGAGACGGUACAGCUUCUGCGGGGUCGCCUCCUUCAAAGAGGAGAAUGACCGAUGGCUCUACCGAAACGCGAACGCCUACAGAUUCCGCUACGCUCAGUGCGUCUAAGCAUGGCCGCAACUCUCCGAUUCCAAGUGUGCGGUCAAGUGAUAUCGCACGAACCGCUGCCGGUGUACCCCCUCAAGCAUCCACCGGCAAUGAGCCUCGAUCUCAGGCUCCCCAAAAUACGAACAAUCAACCGCAUCAGCCUUCUGCGAGCUCGAUCAGCACUUCCGAUCCUUCAAUUGAAAGUGCGGCAAGAUCUCUACAGCAAUUCUCAGCCCCCAGGCCAAUCUCUCAGCCCGCACCAAAUGCCGAUGCAGCUCAAGUCCAGCAAGCUGGAGCAGAUGAGGAAGCUGUGGUCUACUCGCAGACUAGAAUGCUGCAGGAUCCUACUGGACGACUUCUCUAUGUGGGCGACUCCGCGACGCUAUCUUUCCUUCAGCUGAUACGGAUGAUGGUCGAAACUGUUUGUGGACCGUCGCCAUUUACAACAGAUCCGCGACGACACAAGAUCAUGGAAUCGCAGUUCUCUCUCCCGUCAAAUGCUCGAAACUCUCUUCUGAUACCCCACAAAACCACUGCCCUGUACCUAGUGGAUGCAUUCUUCAUAAACACGCAUGGCUUGGUACACGUCUUUGACCGUAAGCAUUUUUAUCGAACCUUGGACACGACCUACACGGAUCCUCUUUCUGCUGACCCAAACUGGCUAUGUCUGCUUAAUCUUGUCUUUGCUAUCGGUCUUACAAUGGCGACUCCUGCUCACGGCACGCCCGAAGCCGCCGUGAUCGAGAAGUUGCGGCAAGAGCACACCGAUCGUGCAGAAGUAUUUUAUCUGAAUGCAAAAAGCCUCAACGACCCAAUGAUCGGGUUAGAAGACGCCGAUUUCUGGUCGGUUCAGGCUUUGGUUCUCAUGACGGUCUUUAUGCUCGCAAAAUCCAAGAGGAACACGGCCUUUGCCCUGCUGGGAAUGGCCAUUCGCUCCGCGUAUGCUCUUGGAUUGCACCGUGAAGAAACCCUUGUUAUUUUCAGCCCAGAGGAUCAGGUCGUGCGACGGAAUGUGUGGCGAACUCUAUUCAUCAUGGACCGCUUUCUGUCUUGCUCCUUGGGGCGGCCGCCCGGCAUUUCUGAAGAUGAAUGCAGUUCAGAAAUACUCAAAUCCCCCAAUCCUCCAGCGCCAACUGAUGACUUUGGAUUUCAGCAAGCUUUCCAUGGCCAGGGGAGUUUCAUACAGUCCGGCACGUACGGUCUAGAGGCUGCUGUACGCAGCUGCAGUGUGAUCGGAUCAAUUCUGAAGAAAAUAUAUCAACAAAGAAGAGUCAGUACAAAGCUUGCCCAAGAAAUAGCGGAUGUUUGCAAAGAGUGGCCCAAGGAGUUACAUCCAGGACUGCACUGGCGUCAGGCAGCGUCCGCAAAUCCAAGCCAAGGCAUCGCAAUUCUCCACGUAAAUUUGCUCUAUUGCCACUCAAUUGUACUUCUAACUCGUCCAUUCUUCUUGUUCAUCUUGAACGAUAUUCUCCAGCAAGGACAAUAUCCAGUUCUAAACGGUAUUCGUUCAAAACGACAAUAUGCUAAAAUGGAGAAAUUUAGCGAAGCCUGUGUCAUCGCAUCAACUCACACGAUUGUCCUCGUCCAGAACGCUUUCGAGGCAGGCUAUCUUCCACGCCGGAAUCCAUUUGUAAUUUACUUCCUUUUCGCCGCUGCCUUGAUACUCAUGUCGAACGAGUUUGCGCUGCUGUACCUUAACGUCGCCGCAGAUCAAUGCAUACGGAACGCCAUCACAAUCAUGGCAUACUCGGCAGAAAGCGAUCCGCAAGCAAGCCGGCUGCUGUACAUUCUUAGCACAUUUCGCGAUGUCAUUGUGCAGCAGAAAGACCAGAGGGCCCGACAGCAGCAAUCGGCGAAUCAGCUUGCACCUUUCAACAUAAAAGCCAACAUCAACCCAUAUGGCACGCAGGGAUCAUCUCAAUCGAUGUCCGCCGCAACACAAUCGAGCCCACAAGGAGGUUUGACUUUACCUUCGGUCACAAGCGCUUCUAGCUAUGGCCCGCUUGCUCCUAUCAGUGCACUAGGCGGAGGCAGUGGCAACAGUUCCAGUAAUCCACUUCAUUCAAGAAGCAACGCACAAUCAAGGAACAGUAUUCCCGGCGUGUCUUUCCCACCGAGCUCCCCGUUCGCGACACUGGCGCAUACCACAAGACCGUUGGAACCUUCUCUAGCAUCUCCUGCGCCCCCAAAUCCUUUGUCGCCAUACCCUUCAGGCUUGCAGACUCCAGCGUUGGGGACGCUUGAGAGACAGUUAAGCUUCUCCAAUAUGUUCGAUCUUUCGAAUUUGGGUGACAGGCUUAGCGUCGAUGGCGAAAGUACCGGGCCCGAAGAACACAUUGAUUUCGAUGCGUUAUGGGCCUGGGGUAACGCGACGCCUGCUAUGGGUAGUCCAAAGCCUGCUGCCGCGCAGGCCAUGUCGUCCAAUGACGCAGCAACCUUCACAACUCAGCAGGAUGGCCGGUGAUACUUAAUCAUGGAAGCUUUUAUCUUUUCGGAAAGUAACGACUUGUACGAUCAUUAUGACAGGAUUGAAGGAUUAAAACUUGAUACGAUGUGGUAUAUCUGCUUGUUACCUGAAUGGCUAGUGUUGUAUGUUUUCGUGAGACAAGGUCUGCAAUCACAGCAAGGCAGAGAAGUUGGUCCACUCUUUGCUGAAGGGAUAAUCGAUAUAGCCCUCAGGACUGCGCACCUUGUAGAAGGUUUUUCUGUUGUACUCGUUGAAAGGAAUGCCUAUUUGGAUCCUGAACGGCAGAUCAGGUGUCGAAAUGAAGUACCUCCCAAAUGCGAU